GUUUUGCAAUCGGUGCUUUAAGUGUUGAGAAUAUUUAGAACGUGUGCAUCGUUUAAUAUACGUUAUAUUCAUGUAUGGUUAAGUAGCAUCAACGUUACAAAAACUGUUUUAAAAUAGAACUUAUCGUUGUGCCAAUUUCAAAAUCUGUGACCAGAGUUAAGAAAGUGCUAACCAACGUACACAGCGGUUAACGCAAUAGUGGACAAUACCGUACACUGUGCGAAAUUUGUUAAGAGUCGGCGCUGAAAAGUUAAAAAAACACACACACACAUUCAAAAUGGUUAACGUUAUUGCAGACGAGGGCAGCAAACAUGCGCCACAGGAAAUGGAACAAUUCCUGCCCGGCGGGGGUAUGAACAAAUACAAGAUCCAGCCACGGAAAUCAGAUGCCGAGCAGGCCUUGGCUAACAAUGAUUUUGAUCCGUUUGCAAUGCGCGACAAUGAGCAUCCCACUACUGAUAACGAAACUUUGACGCAUUUGCUGAAGGCCUCUUUGGGCACUGGCAUUCUGGGCAUGCCGUUUGCCUUUAUGUAUUCGGGUCUUGUGAUGGGCAUCAUUGCCACCAUCUUUACUGCCUUUGUCUGCACGCACUGCAGUUACGUGCUGGUCAAAUGCGGUCACAAGUUGUACUACAAGACACGUCGCACCAAGAUGACGUUUGCGGAAAUCGCUGAGGCUGCAUUCCAGAAGGGUCCGAAAAGUUUGCGCGGCUUUGCGCCCGUGGCCAAAUUCUCCAUAUUGUUUGGCCUGUUCCUCACAUACUUUGGCACCUGCUCCGUUUAUACGGUGAUUGUGGCCAAGAACUUUGAGCAGGUGCUUGAGCACUGGUUUGAUUGUGAAAUCGAGUCGCGUGUGAUAAUUUGCAUAAUGCUCGUGCCAUUGAUCCUGAUUGCCUGGGUGCCCAAUCUGAAAUACCUGGCGCCCGUUUCAAUGGUGGCCAAUGUUUUCAUGGGUCUCGGUUUGGGUAUUACGUUCUACUAUCUGGUCCAGGAUCUGCCGCCCAUUCAGGAACGUGCGCUCUUCACCUUGUCUACACUGCCCGCAUUCUUCUCCAUAACCAUUUUUGCCAUGGAGGCAAUUGGUGUGGUUAUGCCGCUGGAGAACAACAUGAAGACGCCAAAGAAUUUCCUUGGCAUUUGCGGUGUGCUCAGCCAGGGCAUGUCGGGUGUUACCUUGAUAUAUAUGCUUCUGGGUUUCCUUGGCUAUAUGCGCUAUGGCAAUGCAACUGGCGAGAGCAUCACCUUGAAUCUGCCCAUCGAGGAAUGGCCCGCCCAGGCAGUGAAAAUAUUGAUUGCUCUGGCCGUCUAUUGUACAUUUGGACUGCAGUUCUACGUGUGCCUGGAGAUUGUCUGGGAUGGCAUCAAGGAAAAGUGCACUAAACGUCCCACAUUCGUCAAUUAUGUGCUGCGCACUGUUCUGGUAACCGCCGCUGUAGUGCUGGCCAUCUCAGUGCCUACCAUAGCACCAUUUAUGGGUCUUAUUGGCGCCUUCUGCUUCUCCAUACUCGGUCUGAUCUUUCCGGUUAUAAUUGAGCUUGUCGUGCAUUGGGAUUCCGGCUUCGGUGCAGGCAAAUGGAUACUGUGGAAAAACAUAAUUAUCAUCUUGUGCGGCAUUGGCGCCCUUGUCUUUGGCUCUCAUUCGGCCAUCAAGGACAUCAUGAAGGUUUAUAGCACAACCACAGAAGCCCAAUAAAUGGUUUCCUUUGGCUUAUCCAAACAUAUAAGGGAACUUGGAAAUAAUCUCCUGUGCAUAACCGACAAAAACCAUAAUGCAAAAAGUGCUAUACCAAGGGAUAUAUAUUUAUUAUACACACUAUUUGUAUACAUUUGAGAAAUAUACUUUUUAGCAUAGUCUGUAGCGCUACAGGAGCCAGCCGGGAGUAGCUCCUGUUUAUUUCCUAGAGAUCUAACUAUUGUUAGAUGUAAAACUGCGCCCACACUUUGUACAUUUUUCGUUAAA